AGUCUUUAACGCCUCCCAAUUUCCGUUUCGAUCUCCUCCUUCCCCUCUUCUUGCCCGUGCUCGAGAUCUCCACCAGCAAUGGCGACGCCGGACCUUCUCUUCGGCUUGCGAAACAGCUUCUACCUCGGCGCCUACCAGGCCGCAAUUAACAAUAGCGACGUUCCCAACCUCCCUCCCGAGGAAGCCGUCGAGCGAGACUCGCUUGUCUACCGCUCCUACAUCGCCCUAGGAUCGUACCAGCUUGUGAUCAAUGAGAUCGAUUCCUCGGCGCCGACCGCGCUUCAGGCCGUCAAGUUGCUUGCGCUCUAUCUUUCGGGUGAUAAGGAAACUGCAAUUUCAAGCAUCCGAGAAUGGCUAAGUGAUGCAGCAAUAACAAACAAUCCGAUCCUGCGGCUUAUUGCAGGAAUUAUAUACAUGCAUGAGCAAGACUAUAAUGAGGCUCUGAAGCAUACAAACUCUGGGGGUACUAUGGAACUGCAUGCACUGAAUGUUCAGAUAUUCCUUAAGAUGCACAGGUCAGAUUAUGCUGAGAAACAACUUAAGAUAAUGCAACAAAUUGAUGAAGACCAUACUUUGACACAACUUGCCAAUGCAUGGUUAAAUCUUGCAGUGGGUGGUUCCAAGAUACAGGAAGCAUACCUUAUUUUCCAAGAUUUUUCAGAGAAGUCUCAGAUGACUGGGCUGAUUCUAAAUGGGAAGGCUGUCUGUUGCAUGCAUAUGGGUCGCUUUGAUGAAGCCGAAUCCCUUUUACUUGAAGCGCUGAAUAAGGAUGCCAAGGAUGCUGAAACUCUGGCCAACUUGAUUGUCUGCAAUCUUCAUCUCGGAAAAUCAUCAUCCCGUUACCUCAGCCAGUUGAAGUUAUCACAUCCUAAUCAUAUGCUUGUGAAACGCGCCGCUUCAGCUGAAGAUAACUUCGAUAGAGCUGUCCAAUCCGUUGCAUAAAGAUCUGCCAUGUGGCUUACCACCAGAUAGAGCAUGAGUUGUGUUACUCUUGUCUAGGAAUAUUUCAUUUUGUUAUAAUCAAUGCUGGUUAUGUUCUGAGCCUUUGUCAUGCUUUCUUUUGAUCUUAUUUGGAUUCAAUCACAAUUAGAGUUGUAAUGCAAUUGAAAUCAACAAAGAUUCUCAUC